GUUUCUAAUGUUUCAACGGUUACAUUCAUGUUCACUCCAACGGUCAGAUUUCUUUCCUUUUUUUAUUUAUUUUUAAUAUUUUUCUGUUUCAACGGUUAUAUAUUUUAUGAAGGGCUUAGUUUGGGCCUAUAGAAUUUAUAAGCCCAACUAGUUAACUCCUGCCUGCACAUAAUUCAACAAAACGGUGUCGUUAGGACUAUGUGUAGUGUAUAUACUCUACUCUGUAUUCAUGGAGGCAUGGAGCGCUGUCAUCACGAGCUCAAAGGAAAAAUACAGGCAGACAGACAAGGUUGUUGAUUUGGAUUCUUUUGGUACAGGAGAAUUUCAAAACUUGAAGUGGGUCGUGUUGUUUGAAUGAUAAGAAAAAGCUCAGCUGUGAUCAAGAAAACAAUUUUAUGACCUUAUUAUUAAACCCUAAACCCUGUUAAAUUUUCAAAUGCAAACUGUUAAGUCUCUCUUUAUUUUUUCACCUUCCCCCUUAUACAAUUUCCUCAUCAAUACCAAAUAUCCCUUCAGUUCUGCUGUCUUCUCUUCACUUGCCCAAACUUCAAAAGCAGCAAAUCCUGCCCUUUUCCAUUACCUAUUAAAAAGCCUCAAAUUCUCUGAAACCCAAGCCUUUACUAUUUCAAAUCGCUUCUCUCAUAUCAAAUCUACUGAAAAGCCACAAUCUGUUCAUUACUUUCUUAAAAACCUUGGUUUAUCCAAUUCCCAUAUCCAAUCUGCUAUCCAUGGUGCACCGCAAAUUCUCUUUGCUAACGUAGACAAGUGCCUUAAACCAAAAGUUAAGCUUUUUCAAGAUCUGGGACUUGUGGGUUAUGAUCUUGGUAAGUUCAUUUCCAAGAAUUCUACUCUUUUAACUGCUAGUUUGGAUAAAAAGUUGUCUCCUCGUGUGGAAAUUCUGAAGAGACUUUUGUUGAAUGAUGAGAAUAAUAAAGAUUUGGUAAAAGUUUUAACUAGAUGUAAUUGGAUUAUCUCAAAAAACCCCAAAUCAAGAUUAUUAUCCAAUGUAGCAUUCUUGGAGAGUUGUGGGAUAGUUGGGUCUCAGCUAUCCAUGUUACUAAGGAGGCAGCCUAGACUUUUCAUUAUGCAAGAAUCUGCACUUAGAGACCUGGUUUCUCAGGUUUUAAAUAUGGGGUUCUCAGUAAAUUCAAGGAUGUUGGUUUAUGCUCUAUAUACUGUUAGUUGCAUGAGUCAUGAGACAUUUGGUAAAAAAAUUGAAAUUUUGAAGAAAUUUGGGUUUUCAGAGUAUGAAUGCACAGAGAUGUUCAGAAAGCAACCAGGUUUGCUAAGAUCUUCUGAGAAGAAGUUGAAGUUGGGACUUGAUUUCUUUAUUAACACAAUUAAGUUUAAAAGGGAAGUGUUGGUUUAUAGACCUACAUGUCUAAUGCUGAGCAUGGAAGAAAGAGUGAUUCCUCGAUACAAAGUUUUGGAGAUUAUGAAGUUAAAGAAGCUGUUAAAAAAACAGCCUAGCUUUAUUAAUGUGUUAAAUUUGACAGAGGAGGAGUUCGUGCAGAAGUUUAUAGCUAGUUUUCCUGAUGAUGCAGAGGAGUUGUUGGUAGCUUACAGAAGUCAUACUCUAGAUUCAUAUUCUGAAGAAAAAUCUUGAUGCAAGUUAGCUUUCUGUUUAGUUGUGAAGGAGCAUAGGGAGGACCUCUUCCUUCCAAACCAUAUGCUCAUUGGUAAGAGCUCUUGAAACCAUUUUUAUUGUACUUAUAAUGCUUCUGACCUAAAAUUAGUUUUUGGCUGCUAUUUUCUUAUAAUCAAUCACCUCAGAAGUUAAAGUGUCA